UCUAGAUUUUAUUUCAUUUUUUCUUAAAUUAUAAGGAUGUCGAAACGAGUCAGACCAGGCUAUUACCGCCAAGAAGUCAACAAAAGCUCAUGGGAAGUACCGGAGCGGUACCGGGACCUGAGGCAGGUGGGGACCGGGGCGUACGGGACGGUAUGCUCAGCAGUGGACUUCAGAACAGGAACCAAAGUGGCAAUCAAGAAACUGUACAGACCUUUCCAGUCGGAGCUCUUCGCCAAGCGAGCUUACAGAGAGCUGAGGCUUCUCAAACACAUGAAACAUGAAAAUGUGAUUGGCCUAUUCGAUGUGUUUACUGCUGACCUCUCUCUGGACAGAUUCCAUGAUUUUUAUCUGGUGAUGCCAUUCAUGGGGACAGAUCUGGGGAAGCUGAUGAAGCUGCAGAGGCUGUCGGAGGAGAAAAUUCAGUAUUUGGUUUAUCAAAUGCUCAAAGGGCUGAAGUAUAUUCAUUCUGCUGGUAUAAUUCACAGGGACCUGAAACCAGGAAAUCUGGCCAUCAACCAAGACUGUGAACUCAAGAUCCUGGACUUUGGUUUGGCGCGGCAGGCAGACAGCGAGAUGACGGGGUAUGUGGUGACCCGCUGGUACAGAGCCCCGGAGGUCAUCCUGAGCUGGAUGCACUACACUCAGACUGUGGACAUUUGGUCUGUGGGCUGCAUCAUGGCAGAGAUGCUUCAAGGAAAACCUCUUUUUAAAGGCAGCGACCACCUAGAUCAGCUGAAUGAGAUCAUGAAGCUCACAGGAACACCACCUCAGGAAUUUCUAUCUAAACUGGAAUCUGAGGAUGCCAAAAGCUACAUUAAAAGCCGCCCAAAAGUGGAAAAGAAAGACCUUCAGAAGGUGUUUUCUACAACCAAUCCACAAGCUGUGUCUGUGCUGGAGCGCAUGUUAUUGCUAGAUCCGGAGAAUAGGGUAACCGCUGCAGAGGCUCUCAUGCUGCCUUACUUCACUGAGUACAGAGAACCAGAGGAGGAGACAGAAGCACAGCAAUACGACCACUCACUAGACAACACAGACCAGCCGCUGGACCAGUGGAAACGUCACACCUUCACAGAGAUCUUGACCUUCAAACCAGUUUUGCCAGAUUCCAAGGAAACUUCACUGUGAGACAGAAAGAGUCGGCUGUGCAGUGUGGAACCAGAACAAACAAGUUUAAUUUCACUUCAAUGGUACAUAUAUGAUUUUUCUCUUGUUUUUUAAGGAAAAACAUCACUACCUACCAGUAAUUUUAAAGUUAGAGUUUGAGUCAUUUGUAUCAAUAGAAGCACAAUUUAAAGGAAUAGUUCUUAUUUAUUGAAGUGGAGCUGAUUUAGAUCUGAUGGUCAGUUUGAAGAAGCAUGCAGCAAUACGAGCACUGAGGAAAAGCAAUCUACUGCUGUGGACGGGCAGCAGCAAAACAUUUUUUAGCACCUAGGAGAAGAAAAGAAUCAAUAUCAGUUUAAGUGCACACUAUAUUUAGAAUAUUUUCACAGCUUUACCUCUCAGACUGACCUUUCCACUGGGGACCUGAGGCCAAUAUCUAUGCUCUCUUCAAAGCCACCGGGUCCAUUUGCAAAACCACAAAUUUGACCUGAAGAACAUGGGUUGAUUGUUUAGUUUGUGUGUGUUAUAUUGUAACCCUAACCCAGGGAUUCCCAAAGUGUGGUGCGUGGAGCCCUGGGGGUGCGCAAGAUGAAAAAUGUAAUGGCGGUCUGAUAAUUACACAAUUAUAUUUUUUCCCCCACACAAUAAAGAAGUGUAAAUAAACAUUUCCUUUGUAAAAUGUAAAAUCAAAAACUGUAAUAUUAAUUAAUAAAUAAAUGCAGGCUAUUCAAAAUUCACUUCAUCUUAAAAUGAAGCGUAAAAGAAGUUAUCUUCUUCCAUUUUUCCAGCCUGUGUUAUGAUGACGGGUUGUUUAGCUCCACGCUCAUUUAAACUUGCUGCAAUUUUUGUUCAACGCGGCUCAAAAUAUUAUAACAUUUUCCCAACUUCUCUGCUUUCUGCCUCUGAUCCUGAGCCUGUCAUCAUCCUCUUUGCUCUUAAAAGUGGAAGCUUGUUCAUAACUUUGUUGCAUUAUAUUGAAACUGUGUUUCAGGUUAAUUCAAAUGCGAGACCGCAUUGUUGUGAUGGUGAUUAUUUAAUUAUAUGUGUGUUCUCAUUUGAGCAUGAUUAAACAUGCCGCCUUUAAUAUGGCUAUAAAAAAAGUGUAUUGCA